CAAUUGACAUUGACAUUUGACAUUGACAGUCUUACAAAGUUUAGGCCCAUAGUUAUUUUAUUUCGAUUUUAGUUUACAUUGAAGUAGAUAAAGAUUUAUUGAACAAAAAUGGAAGCGGACUGUAUACACGAGGCUUUAAAGCCGAUAGCGUGGCUUUCCGGGCGCUGGUACACUGUCACCGGCCGCGGUUCUUAUCCAAGUGUACGCGAGUUUGGAUAUCACGAAGAGCUAGAAUUUAUAUGCCUUGGUCAACCUAUGUUCAACUUUCUAUCAAUAUCCCACCAUCCUGAGAAGGGCACAGUGAUGCAUCAGGAGCGAGGCUUCCUCCGUAUAUAUCCUGAAAAGGAAAAAGUUGCUCUCGUAGUGAGUCACAACAUUGGUCUUACAACUAUCGAAGAGGGUCACUAUGACUGUAAUCUAAAAGAAAUAAAACUAGCCUCAGUCAGUAUAGCUCGAACAUCAUUCUCCAAGCCUCCACAAGUUACAAAUCUAUUGAGAGAAUUUAUUUUACUAUCACCUGACUCAUUACAAGUAACUGUGUUUAUGAAGACUGAUAAAAAACCUUUAAGUCAACAUUUAAAGGCUGUUUAUAAAAAAGUGGAAUAAAAAGUGUAAAAAAUACUACUCUAUGGUUGUAAAUUUGAAAUUUAAGUCACAACAUAGAUGUUGAUGAAAUUUGGGCCAGAUGUAGAAAAUAGUCUGGUGAAACACCUAGCCUACUGUGUUUUGUAUUCCAUGUGGAUGGAGUUGCAGACAAAAGCUAGUUAAUACUAUAAAUGAUUCUUUAAUAUUAGUAGAUUUUUGUUAAUUUACUAAUAUUUCAGAUAUUGAAGAAAUUUUGCACAGAUGUAAAACUUAGUGGGGAUAAAUACACAGACUACUUAACAGUAUUUUGUAUUAAAAAAAAAUUAUCAUAAGAAACUGUAUAUUUUUAUAACUGUUAACCAUUAAAAUGUAAAAAAUGCAUUUGACUUUGUUUUUCACAAUCAUAACCCCAUCAACAUUCCAUUGGGUUACAGAUCAAAUUAGAAUAAGUAAAACCAAAUUUCUGUGACUGAAUAUUUUUAAUGAUGGAAAACAUAACAUAGAUGUUACAGGUCACCUUAUCUUAAAAUAUUACAUUUCUUUGUUAUAACAAUACAAUAACAAUGUGAAAUAACAUGAGAUGUAUAUAAACCACUAGAACCUGACAAGUUUGUUAAAACAUUUGAAGAUAUCAACUUUUAUUUUUUUUUUAAGAAAAUUAUAAAUUUUUCACCCCUAAGCGUAGCCCCAGCUUCUCGGUGGGGACAUAUAGUAAGAUGGUGAUGAUUUAAAUUUAAUAUGAAUCCAAAGACAAGAUGGCAGAAGCCUUAAAAAUUAACAGUUACAACAACAUUAUUGCGAUAAGACCAAGAUAUGAUAUAACAUCUCAUGUUAUUCAGCACACAUUAAAACUUGUCUUGUUCUUUGCUUAAAUUAAAAGUAAGGAAGUAUCACAAUUAUAAACUUCAGUUCAGAUUUACUAGAUUUAAUUUUUUAAAGGAAUCUAUUACAUUUGUUUGAUUGUGGUUAGCAUAAUAUGAAACUAUAUUUUUAAUUACUACUUUAUUUAAUUUGAAAGGGUAAACACAUAUCACACUUAAAGUAACAUAAAUGUAGUAAACAGAAUUUGAGUUGGUUCAUUUUGAACUCUUAUAUCUGAUGUGCCAACUCAAAAACCACACACUAUUA